AUGCCCAACCAAAAAGGAAUCACCAUGCGCAAACACGAAUCAAAGCAAAGAAACAGGAGCCAUCAGCAACCAUCCCGAACAGACAGGACACAGCACUCUCCAAAACGAGUUGACAGAGGGGAGUACGACCCAACAGGAGCCAUCGAUGAGGCUCCAACAUCGUUUCCCGACCUGCCAAUCGAGGUGCAGACCUUGGUCGGACAGUUUUUCACCCAGCAUCAAUUGACUGUCUGCGUACGUGUCUGUCGCGCCUGGAAGACAUUGUUCUACCCUAUCCUUUGGAGACAUGUUCAGGAUUCGGCAGCAAGCACCAAAAGGCGAUGGACGCCCAGGAGAGACGACAUGCUUUUGAUGUGCGCGGCUAGGGGAGCAUUGAGGACAAAUGGCCAUCUGAUCCAAUUGUUGAGACUCGAGUGCAGCGACGUGGAGUUCCCAAAACUCCUGGAAUCCCAACUUCCACCGACUCUCCCCCAGUUGACUUCGAUCGAGUUCAUUGGCGUGAGCGGCACCGACAGCGCGAUUGCCAACGUUUUACGACGGAGAACUGCAGGAUGGAGGUCGAUCAUCUUCCGCGCCAACCAUCCCUACAUGAGACCCCGAUUUUCGAACGAGUCGUUUAAGGAGGUGCUCAAGCACGCGUCGACGCUGGAGGUUCUGCGGAUAGAGGGUGCAUGGUGCCUAGUUAGCAAGGAGAUCCAGGAGUUACUCUGCGGGCUGCCCAAGCUCAAGGAGUUCAAUCAACUUGGUGCCUGCAGCCACGAAGUGCCGCCGGAUCCUUGGUUGGAUGCAACUGAUAUGGUGGCGUCAGAGUGGAAAUGCACUGACCUGGAGGUCUUUGGCUGCGAGAUCAACGGACUGCGACGGCCACCUAAGCCUGUCAACGAACAUGUGAGUACACCCACCAAGACCAAAGCGGAACAGGAUAGCAUCGACCUUCAGCGGGGUGUGUGUGCACAGCUCGGAAAGCUGACAAAGUUGAAGGAGCUCAUUUUACGAGCUCCUGCCCCGACCUUUGAAAACAAUCACACUCACGACUUCCCACGCGACACUCGCGACUGCCUUGCUCUGGGCCUCGAGACAGGACUGCACUUGUUGGUAGAUCUCAAGGAUCUGAGGAAGGUCGGACUGGAGGAUAUGGAUGUUGAUAUUGGCAACUUUGCAGAGCAGGCCUGGGUGGCGCAUAACUGGCCUCAUACGACGAUUCGAUACCCAGGAAACCCAGAGGCAGGUCCACACAUUAAUGAAUAUGCACCCGACACGGAUUCGGAACCGGAGGAUGACGAUGACAAUACCAACUACGAGUACUUGGAUUUUGAGGAGUAUGGGUAUGAUGAGCUGGACUAUGAUGCCUAUGAUGGUGUAUAUGGUGGAUACCAUUGGGGUGAUGGCUAUCCUGACUAUGAUCCAGACUAUGGGGGCUUCUAG